AUGCAGCCCAACGAUCACUCUCCCGACCGCCUCACAAGGUCGCGCUCCCGAGGUCGUGCUGGCUUCGUUGGCUCCAACGCAGAACAACUACCGAGGCAUAACAAUCGAUCCUCAUCUCGCGCGAGCUUUCUCGGUAGGCCUCGACAACGCGUCUACCAGAUCUACGAAGGUGAAAAUGCGGCCGACAAUGGUGGAACACACAGAUGGAGAAGCGAGUCGAGAACAGUAAGGGGAAGCUUGGAGGAAGAUGAUGGUUUCAUAUUCACCGACGACGAGGAGGCCGAAGGUGAUCGACGGGCGACUUCAAGUCGAUCAAAGCGCGGUAGUGCAAGCAAGAAGCUGGCUUCGACAGCAGAAGAAGACUCGACCUCGCGAUCCGAAGAAACUGCUACCACUCUGACUGGAAAUUCCGGCGUAGCUGCUGCUGCUCCUAUCGGUACCGAAAAGUUGCCCCACCAAACCAAAAUCCCGACAUCGAACAGUCAAGGAGUUCAAAACAAAGAGAAGGACGUCGAAUCGCAACAGAAGCCGAAGUCAGUACCUCGUCUCUCUCGCCUUCCUUAUCCCAUCGCACAUUUCCUAGGUUACCGGAAGGAGUCGACUGAGAACCGAGCGCUCUUUCGACCAGUGGAAAAGUUGCCACGCAAGAUCGAAACUCUUGUCUGGGCUUGGAUCGGUGCCAUGCUAGGUCUCGGCUUCGUCAUGAUCACGUUCUCUCGAUGGGAUCAAUUUGCCAUGUCUUCAAAUGACCCAGUCACGCCAUGGACAACACCCAUCAUCAUCGGCUCCUUCGGUGCAUCCAGUGUCAUCCUCUACGGCGCUCCAGCAUCGCCCCUCGGUCAACCCAAAGCCUUCGUCGGCGGCCAAUUCAUUUGUGCCCUCACCUCCGUAUGCAUCACCAAACUCUUUCAACUCAAUCGUCACUACAACCCAAAUUUGAUAGAUGACUCACACAGUCUGGUUUGGGUUGCUGGAGGCAUUGCUACAGGAACAGCACUGUGUCUCAUGAUCUUGACCGACACCGUACAUCCACCUGGUGGAGCGACGGCACUGUUGGCUGCAACCAGUCCUCCGGUAGUCGAGUUGGGUUGGAGGUAUCUGCCGGUAGUGCUGCUCUCCAGUGUCAUCAUGGAAGUGUGGGCGCUGCUAUGGAUGAACUUGGGCAGGGCAAAAUAUCCUCAUUAUUGGUUGUGGCCGGCAGGGCAUCCGAAUGAUCAGAGAAACUUCAGGGUCAAGUUUGCAGGUUUCGCAAAGAAUAAGAACGGCAAAGAGGAACGACAAAAGUCUAGAUGA